GAGAGAAGAACAAGAAGAAACUGAAAAGACUCGCUGAUCAAGAAACCAAAAUUUUCCCUUUCUUGAGUGCAGGAUGACGGGACCUUACAAUCAAUUCACUGGGGAGGAAAGUUAUCCGCCUCAAAUAACAGUUGGAGUAGACAUAAGUGCGUCGCCAUACUGUGUUGCGGUGUGGACCGGUAACAAAGUGGAGUAUGCAGUCACUAACAUGAAGCCAUAUGACCAAGAAGUGUUGUUUAAGGCUAAAGUUUGCCAUAUGAGGCUCUUGAUUGGCCGGAUAGAAACCGAGUCAUUGACGCAAUCAAGUAAAACAUUGCCUUUUCAGAUGUUGCUGGCUGAAGCUCCACCUCCCUCUACCAAUUCAGAACAAAUUCUAGCAUCUUAUUUGGUUGAAUUAAAAGAAGCAGCUCAAAGGGCUUUUAAAGCAUCAGUGAGAGGAUUAGUCCUAACCCAUCCUGCUUCAUUCAACAGACUGCAGUUAACUAGAAUAACUGCUGUGUGCCGUAAAAUGGGGCUGCAAUUCCUCCAACUUAUCCCUCAGCCAACGGCCGUUGCUAUGUUAUACGCACAGAAACAACUGCUAGCGUCUUUUGAGGCUUCACCUUGUAUUCCUUUUGCAACUAUUGGUCCUCGUUGUCAUACAAAUUGUGACAAUAUUACUACCGCACUCCUCUUCAACAUGGAUGCAAUUUACACUGAUGUUGCUGUUACUUCUGCAACAUCCGAAGGCAAAUGGCAAAUCAAAGCGAUUGUCGGUAGCGCAAUUGGCGGAGAGCAGGUAGUUGCAAAUAGUAUGCGACUUUUCAUCCCAGAUUUUGAAAACAAAUUCAAGAAGGAAGGAAGAAACAAGAAAUUCAGAUCAAUUGAUUUACUUAGAGCAGUAACUCUAGAAGCAAUUCGUCAAUUUAAGGAUAAAAAUGAGGCUAGGUUUGAUUUAAACAUGGAAAAUGGUCAUAAGAUUCGAAAUGUGGUAAAAAGGGAACAGUUUGCGCAAGUAAACAACGAGGUGUUUCAAAUGUGUGAAAGGCUCAUACGGCGAUGCUUGCAAGAUUCAAAAAUUAAAACGGAGAGUUUAGAUGAUAUCAUUGUUAUAGGUGAAUUUGGGGGCAUCUUAAAGCUGCUGAAUAUGUUUAGCAGUACUCGUGUACCUAUCAAUUCUCAGGCCAUUGAGGUAGAUAUAAAUCCAUUGAAUGUAGAUAUUAAUCCUAUCAAAGCUAUCGACGUAGCUAUAAAUUCCCUCCAAUCUGCACUUUGCGGUGCAGCAUUGGCAGGGGCGGUAAGAACUGAUGAUAAGAUGAAAUUGAUCCAUUCUCCAAGCACAUCCCAUUCGCUCGGAAUUCGAGCGAAUGGUAGCUUUCUGUGUUUCAUUCCGAGAAACACUCUCUUACCAGCUAGCAAAGUUAUGCAGUUAACAACCAUUCAUGAUGAUCAAAUGGAGGGAAUGCUUAUAGUAUAUGAAGGGGAGGAAAAGACUGUAGAGCAAAAUCAACUAUUGGGGAUCUGUCGACUAAAGGACUUGCCCGAAAUGCCAAAAGGUGUUCCUAUAAUUGAAGUGGAGAUGGCAAUUGACAGCGGAAACCAGUUGAGAGUCGCAGUUGCAAGUUUCCCGUUUAUCGAGAUGCCAAAGCCAAUGAUCAACCACACAAAGCUUUUGCAUUACCUGGGAGAAAAUAGGAUUGAUGGUGACAAAAAGGACUUGGCCACUUUCGUCAAGAAGAAAUAAAAUCAUGGAGAUUUGCAGCAUAUUGUUUGUUAUGUGUUUCAGUAGCAGAUAAUAAUGUUUAGCUCUUAUGUUUGUUUUGUGUUUCAACAGAAAGUAGCAGAUAUUGAUGUUUAGCUGUUAUGUAACAUGAUAUAUAGAAUUGUCAAAAUUUUACACAAUGUUUGUAACAUGAUAUAUGGAAUCUCG